UAUAUAACACCAAGUUAUUGUUUUUAUAUUUGUUUCAGCAUGUCCAACUGGUAAAAUAUCUCCUGGUUUGAUCAUGUCUAAGCAAAGCACAUCACCAUGUGGAUAUGGAUGUACAGCAAGAUUUAGUUGUGCUGCUGGAUAUACGGGAAACACAGUGGAUGCAACUUGUAAUGAGCAAGCUACUUGGAGUCCUGCACCUAACUGUUCACUUGUUUAUCCAUAUUUAACAAUCAAUCUGCCAACGACUAACAACAAAACAACAAGAUCACUUGGUAUAAGCAACCUUAAGAUAUCAACAACAUUAUCAACAACUGGUGUUUCUCGAUGUGGAUGGAGAUAUGGGGGAGAGUUUGAUGUUAGUGCAUUUUAUAUUAGUGCAUUUGUUAGAUGUUAUAACUACACUGGUGUAAAUGAAACAAUCACUUGUGUUAACAAUGCUGGUACAGUGACAUCACAACUAACAUUGUUACAACCACAAUACAAGGAUUUGAACAUAAACAUGCAAUGUUCUCCAUCACCAAGUUAUUCAGUAAAUAUUGUUCUUAAAGCUUGUUCAUCUCCAACACCCAACAAUGUUCCAGUCAACCCAUUAAGUGGUGUCUACCACACUCAAGCUAACUUCCAGUGUUCCCAUGGUUCAACUUUAUUUUAUGUAAAUGGAACAACUGGAAACACUGCAACCAAAUGCCUUGCUACAGCAGAGUGGGAGAAUGAAAAGAUAGUUCAAUGUUGGGCAGAACCAACUGCAGUUUUAUCAGGAGUCAUUAUUUACAAAGUUGGAGAGAGAGCUACAUUUCAAUGCACAACAUCUAAUGUGGUACCAGCUGUGUAUGAAGUUGAAAUCUAUUUCAAUGGAAUCAAACAAGUUACUGGUAACACAUGGACAAGCAAUCCACUGAAUAUUUCAAAUGAUGGAGAUAUAGUGGAAUGUAGAGCUAUAAAUAACUACACUGCUAAACCAAAAUAUGCAAACUUAGGCAGAACAAACAAAACAAUCUCCAUCAUCUGUAAGAAAUUAUAAGAUGUUUCUUAAAUC